AUGAAAAAUAAAUGCCUGCCAAUUUGUUACGGAGUGCAUCCAAGGCCCACACCACUUGGAUCUGCCUAUGUCAGAGAGUAUGUCCCAGGCCCACCCCACUUGGAUCUGCCAAUGUCAGAUCUCCCAGGCCCACCCCACUUGGAUUUGCCUAUGUCAAAUCUCCCAGGCCCACCCCACUUGGAUCUGCCUAUGUCAGAUCUACCAGGCCCACCCCACUUGGAUCUGCCUAUGUCAGAUCUCCCAGGCCCACCCCACUUGAAUCUGCCUAUGUCAGAUCUCCCAGGCCCAUCCCACUUGGAUCUGCCUAUGUCAGAUCUACCAGGCCCACCCCACUUGGAUCUGCCUAUGUCAGAUCUCCCAGGCCCACCCCACUUGGAUCUGCCUAUGUCAGAUCUCCCAGGCCCACCCCACUUGGAUCUGCCUAUGUCAGAUCUCCCAGGCCCACCCAACUUGGAUCUGCCUAUGUCAGAGAAAACUAUGUCAGGAACACGGAACUCACAUAGAAUUUGUCCUCCAUUGUAA